AUCAGAGAGCAGCAAAGCAGCGCUGAGUUCAUCUAUUGGACCAAACUCCUGUCAAUCACGACAGACAAGCCCUGUGAAGCAGCUGUGAGCAGCACAGGCUGGCUGCAGCACAGAGAGAGAUGUGAAGAAUCAUUUGCCAAUGCCACUGAAUCGGUGUUUGGACAGGCCAGGUGAUGAAUAGCCAGAGAACCUCCCCUGCAGUCCAAGCCCAGUCCCUCCGUCUGGGGGCUUGAGUGAUUACCAUGGCACCCAUCAUGGAGGGCACCCACACCGUGCUGCUCCUAUAUGCACCCAUCCGUGAGCUAAGCACCAUCAGCCUGUAUUUCCCCAAGAGGCGGGCCCCAGGCUUCAAGUACAAGAGCCGCGCCCCUCAUUCAGGAAGGGCCGGUAAUGACCAUGACCGGGGAAAGGAGGAUCUCGCGGCGUCCGAACAAAGAGGCCAGUCUUCCGGCUCCUCAGGCGAACUCCUCAUCUCCCAGCAGGCAACAAAGGAGGCAGUUGCAGAGCUCUGCUGGCUGGCGGCGGAGCACCACCAGUUGCUGGCGGACCUCUUAUCGCUGUGUAGGGAUUGCUCCGUCAAAGUCAGGAUGGGUAACCAGGAUGGGAAACUCCAGGAUUACAUGGAGGGUCAGGAGGUUCACCUUGGAGGUCAGGUUCUCAGCAGCAGCAGCAACAACUGUUCUCUCACUGUGUCUCCAGAGCAGAAGAGAGCCGCAUCCAAGAGCAAAAAGCUGAAGAAGUCGGGAGGCAAGAAGCUCGACAGCGCCGAGGAUUUCCUGCACAGCAAAAUGAGGAAGAAGGUUACGAGUGGAUCUACUCAGCAUCCUGCUCGCAAAAAUGCAUCGUCAUCUUCAGCCUCAGUAAUGCAACAGAUCCCAGGUACCCCGGCCUCUGGCCAUGUCACCGACAGCCCAGUCACCGGCUCCUAUGUCAGUGCGGUCAGUAAUCCCAUCCUGCCCAUGGAAGAACCCUUCCGUGAAGGUUGGGACUUCAUGGAGGACAACCGGACAUUUGACCCCGACAGUGAUUUCUGCUUCUCCGAGUACGACGGUGAGCUGGGUUAUGAGUCGUCAUUCUGCAGCCUGAUGGAGGGUCUGACCCGACGGGAAAGCGGCAGCAACCUUCGACCGGUCAAGAGGUCUGAUUCCUUGGUUGAGACAUUAUCUGGGAACGCGUCAACGGUCAAAUCCGCUCAACAGCUGUAUGGUGAAGUCAGCCGGAGUAACACAGGGGUCAGGGUGGUGGCCAAAGUGCAGGAUGUGGAAGGGAGAGUGCAACAUGUCAACCAUGCAAGCCAGGAUAGGGCCGGGAUGCAUCCUGGGACUAGCAGCUGCCAGCAAGGGUAUGGAGAGUGGAAAGGACCAAAGACAGGUAACAAGCUUUCGGAGGGGCUCCGGUUGCCCCUAUCCCACACCUCCACACCUUACCCCCCCGCCAAACCCCACACAAAGAGCCCUUCUUCACCAUCCCUCGCCGGGGUCUUCAACACAUCCUUCCCCGCCUCCAACAGUCUCCAGAGCAUGUCCCCAAUCCUGUCCCCUCUGUCCUCCAAGCAGGCAAGCCCACAGCUCAACCACCGCAUUGUUCUGCUCUCAGAUAAGGACGUAGACAACGAGCGAGACAGCUCCAGCAACACGGACGAGCCCAAGAUCUUCACCGAGGUCAUCGACAAGAACGGCAACAAGCGGACCGUCACCCGUCUGGAUCUGAACCUCAGCAGGCGGCCCAGCAGCUGCAAGUGGAACUCCUCCAGCAACUCCACAACAACAGUGGCAUUUGCUGUUGCUGGAUUUCAAAGAAUAGAACAAGAAAGAGAUGCCUUGAGAGAGAUUCAAGUGUGUGUCAGCAAUUACUCUGCAGGAUUGUAACUGACAAACAUUUUCUUUUACUUUGUCACCCAGGCUGUUAUCUAAUAACCUUGCUACUCUAUUAAAUAAGCAUUGCU